CGGGGGCAGUGCGACCGUUGACUGCUGUGAUUUUUUUUUUUUUUAAAUAACUGAACAAAACAGCGCUGAAACAAAGUAACAUUUUGUUUUCUUUGAACUAUGAGGCGGAGAAGCAGCAGCAACGUCAGCAGGAGAAGCUCAACAAUAAGACGGCGUAGUGAGAACUUCCGUUUCGACGAGUUCGGCUUUGCUGUCACUAAAAGAAAGGACCAAAAACUUCAUCACCGAUGUCACGACUACAGCUACCCCCAGCUGAGCUCAGUGAGGGUGAAAGAGCUGUGUGAGCUGCUCAGCUACUGGAAUGGGUCCAGCUUCAUCUGCAAGAGUCAGAUUGAACGAUUCAUCAGGAUGGGUAUACCUCCAAGCCUGCGGGGCAGAGUGUGGAAGUGCCUUCUCAGCGUUGACAGUGUGAGAGAAAGCAGUGACUUCAACUACCAGACGUGUUUGUCUGAAGUGCGAGGGCCUCUGGUGGACUUGGGAGUCAGUGAGUACGGCAUUUUGUCUGCAAUCACCACUCUGAGCGACACCCAGAACGAUCUGGAUUUAAACCAUCAGCAUUCCUCCGGCUGCUCGGAGCCUCGCUACUCUGCAGAUGACAUCACGCUGUUCAGACAGAUCGCCCUGGACCUGCAACGCUCCUUCCCGACACACCGCUCUCUGAUGGGAGAGAGUCCUGAAGCCAUCGAGGGUCAGGCCAAACUCUUCCGGGUCCUCAUCGCCUAUGCCAAAUACAACCCACUGGUGGGAUACAGCCAAGGGAUGUCCUACAUAGCUGCAGUGCUGCUGAUGCAGUUGGGAGAGGAGGAGGCCUUCUGGGCUCUGACGGCCUUGUUGGAUAAACCCAAAUAUCUGGCUCAACUCUUUGACCUCAGUCUCACCAGGGUCCAGCAUCAGGUGAAGGUGUUUAACCAGUUCCUGAAACACAGGAAGGCUCAGCUCUCCCAGCACCUGGAGUCAGUGGGAGUCUUGUCAGUCCACUUUGUGAUGCCUUGGUUCCUCACUCUCUUCACUUCCCUGCCCUGCUGGGACUCUGUCCUGGCUGUCUGGGACCUCAUCAUUCUGCACGGUCUGUCCGCUGUGUUUCGUACAGCUCUGACCAUCAUUGAGCUACUUGAACCUCGACUGAUGGAGCUGAAUGAUGAAGGAGCAGUGCUACCUCUGCUGUUAAGAGUCCCUGUUGAUGUGGCCCAGUACGCUGUGUUAGUUCCUGCUCUGUGGAGUACCGAGGUCCAAGACUGGGAGCUAAAAUGUAUGAACAGCCUGGUGCUGGAUGAGCUCACCCAUGGACCCCAAGCAGAACUUGGUGAAAAGCAGAAGGCCACAUUGUCUAACCCAGUCAGUGACGAAAAGAGCAAGGAAAACAUAUCGGCACCAUCUGAAGGAGGAAAGACCUCUGAGAAGGGGGCCAAAAGUGUACUGGCGAGGGUGAUGCGUCUGGUGCAGCGUUACCUUUCAGAUGCAACGGGUCGACAGCGCACUGAAGAGAAAAGUUCAGAAACACAGGGAAGGCCCAGACAGCGGAGUCCUGCACCUGGACAUGUGUUCAAGAGCCGAACAUCAGCUACAUUAACACAAGCUCAGGUCAGAUCGAGAAGGCGGAGCCAACAGAGAGGCAAAGCCCAGUCCCAGGUAGUGCAGGGGCGCAGUGGUGAUGUCAUCGCAAGAGAUCCAGCUGGUUGUGGUAAAACAGACAGAUCAGAGCAAACACUUAAGAGGUCGGGCACAGGGCCGGUUGGUAAGGUGGCGCAUCGUCGCAGCAACCACAGCAUCAUCCAGCAUGUCAGGGUCAAGUCAUUUCGUCUUCUAAGAAGUGGCAAGAACCCAGUGAACCAGGCUGCUCCCUCCUCCUCCUCCUCCUCCUCCUCCUCCUCCGCCUCCACCUCCGCCUCCUCCUCCAUUCUCCCGUCAUCCCUCCGCUCCUCUACACUUCCUCCGUCUUCAUCCAACAUGUCUUCAAGUUCUCAGUCCUCCAGUGCUACUAAUAUUCAGGAGCAGGAAGACACGCCCCGGAGAGCUCUCAUCAAGGAGUUGUCGUCCAGACAUCAGACCAGCGUCCCACUCAGGAAUACCAGAGAGUCAAAGCUGAUCUGAUACCGAGGAAUAAGUAGGAACACGUGAAGGAUAAGAUGUUUACAAUAACUGUUAAACCUGCAACCUGCAGUAAAUGACUAACUCUUAGGAUUAAAACUGCUGUGUUGUCUUCAGCAUGAACCUGAACACUUUUCAAAUCUGAUUUUAUAGAUGACGUUGAUUUCUAAAUGCACAUUUCUGACCUUAAAACCUGUAUGUAGUUAUGAGAAUUUAACAGUGUGCAUGUAAUUCAGUCUAUUUUGAUACUAGGUUUCUUCUCUAGUUCAUCCACACAGGAUUGACAUUGACUCGUUUUUAUUGUCUCAGAUUGUUGGCACUAAUAAAAGUUUGAUAUUGUUUUUAA